AUGUUAUUUAUUUUUCAAAAUAAUUUGAUAUUUACAUGGAUUUAUGAAGAAGAUUUUCAAAGUACACCAGUAUUGAUAACAAGAUCCGAAAUUGAAUUACUUUCAUUAUAUGAAAAAGAAUUAUCUUGUGUAGAAAAUGAUUCGUUUCAACCAAUUUUUCAUAAUCAUUAUUUGACAUUAAAAUUAAAUUUAAUAUUAAUGGGAAAAAAUCAUGAAAAUUACUUCAAAAGUGAUUCUCAAAAAGAAAUUGAUUGUCUUAAAAUAACUUGUUUGAAAAAUUCAAAAACUAUCAAUGAUUUUCAUUCAAUUUGUCAUAUUUAUUUGAAUUUUAGUGUGAUAAUAUUAAAUUUUACAGAAGUACGUUUAAUUUUUUUAUCGAAAAACUCAAGUUGUUUAUUAUCAUUAACAAAUACAUCUGAUAUUAUAUCUCUUGAUAUUCAUCAAAUGUUUUUAGUUGAUGAUAAAUUUCGUUUUACUUAUCAAUGGUCGAAUUUUGAUCAAGGGAAAUUAUUCUCUUGGUCUCAAUGGCCUUUAACAAUGAAAUAUUUAAAUUCAAAUAUAAAUAAUUUAUCUAAAAAUAAGAAUCAAGCUUCAAAAUUAAAUUUCAGUUUUUUUCAAUGUUUUUCUAUAGAUAUUUUAAUUCAUUCAACUUCACAAGAAUUAUUCAUUAGAGAACAAGAAGCUGUUUCAUAUUGGCUUGAUUUACAAAAUAAUGCAUCAAUUAAUAAAAAAAUUUCAAAUAGAAGCAAUAAUUCAAUAAAACCAAGACGUUUAGUUCCAUUUGAAAUAGCAAAAAAUAAUCGAAUAUGUUCAGAAAAAUUUCAAAAUUGGAUUUUAAAUUAUCAAAAAUGGCAUGAAAAUAUUAGUUCGACUAUUAAUAAUCGAUCAAUGACAUUUGAAGAACAAUUUCAACGUAUAAUUGAACUUGAUGUUCGAUUUUUAAUCUAUGAAAAAUAUCCAACAGGUAUUGCUGAUAGAAUAAUUCAUAUGAUUUCAACUUAUUUAGUAGCCUUAUUAACAAAUCGAUUAUUUAUAUUUGAUAAAAAUUGGUCAGAAUUUAUAGAUACUAUGCAAUCAAGUUUGAAUUAUCAACCAGAAUUUGUUGUUCCUUGGCUUUCUCAGUUUGAUAUAAUUAAAAAAAAUUUAUCUUUAAAUAUUCAAAAGAAUUUAACUAUAAGAAAAUAUUCGUUUUCUUUUGAUCGAUAUAUGAAAGAUUAUGAUUAUGAAAAACAUUUUCGCGAGCGUAUUCUUAUAUUUAGAAGUCAUACAGGAGCUGUUAUACACACAAUUAAAUCUAAUUCAAGUAUUUAUAGAAAAUUUUUAACUAUGGAUCUAAAAAUGAAUCCAGAAAACAUUUUUGGAUGUCUCUAUCAUUCUCUUUUUACUUAUCGUUUAUCUGCAUUGAUCAAAAGAGUUCCAUUAAUUUCUUCAAAUAAUUCAUUGGGUCAUUCACCUCAACAAAUUUUACAAACACUUUUAUCACCGAGAUUUUUUCCAAUUGGAAUUCAAAUUCGUGCUGGAGAUGGAACAAUGACUUGGAAACAAGUUUCUUCCAAUGGAAUAACAAUUCUUAAGAAAUUUGAAAAUUUUUUUACAUGUUCUCAACAAAUAAUUAAUAUAAAUAAGAAAUUAUAUCGUGAAACAAAUCAAAUUCCAAUUAUUUUUCUUUUAUCUGAUGAUAUUGAAAUACGUCAAGCUGCUUUAAAACGUUGGAAAUUCUCAUUAGAAUGUUUUUACUCAAUUGAAAACAAAUGUCAAUCGAAUAACAGUGAUUUAAAUAUUUUAACAAAUUCCAAUCCGGUUUUUCAUGUAACAUAUGCUAAGGAUCGAAUAUUUGCCUUUCAAUUAGGAAUAUUUGAUAAUUUUCUUUUAAGUUUAUGUGAACAACAUAUAAUUAGUACUAACAGUGGAUUUGGUCGCCUUGCAACUUUUGCUUCUUUAAAACUACGAAAUAUUUAUUCAUUAUCACUUAAUGAACAACCUUCUUGUCAAAAUCAAAGUCUACCACUUGCAAUUUCAGGUUAUCAUUGGUCAGGAAUUUAA